AUGUUACAGAAAGACAAGUCAAAUUAUUUAUCUCUGGUUGUCAUGAAUGUAAAAUGCUCAAAACCCAAAAAUUCGUCGAAAUUAGUCGUGCAACUAGUCUCACAUGAUUUUAAUGCGCGUGGUCAAGUCGAUUUAAUCGAUAUGCAGUCAUGUCCAGAUGGUCCAUUUAAAUUUAUAUUAAAUUAUCAAGAUCAUUUUACAAAAUUUUGUGUUUUAAGACCAAUGAAAACAAAAACAGCAGCAGAAGUCGCUUAUCAUUUAUUAGAUAUAUUUACAAUGUUCGGGGCUCCGGUUAUUUUACAAUCAGAUAAUGAAGACGAACUAGAAAAGGAAUUAGGCAUACCAGCAGUUGCCGAUCAAGAUACAAUUGAUGAAGACGAAAAUAGCCAUGAAACAGAAGCAAAAGGCUCAAAGAAUGAUGAUGAAGAAAGUAGUGGUGAACAAGAUGGUCAAGAUUUGGAUAUGAGUUCACUUAAUGAUCGAGUUCAACGAACGAAUGAAUUCCAAAAGUUAGCAAAUUUGAAUGUUGGUGAUAACGUUUUGGUAUCGGUACCAGAUGUUGAUCGUGGUCCAACAGAUGCUCGCAAUAUAUUAGCUGUUAUAAUGGAAGUUAAACAUGACAAAUAUAAAUUAGGUACAGAAAAUGGUGUUUUAUUAGAUUAUUAUAGUUCUCAUCAAGUAUCUAAAGCCCCAGGCUUACCAACAUUAUUUACGCAAGAUAUUACAAAAGACGAACCUAAAUCAUUGAGAGAAAUAGCCAGACUUCAGAGUGUUACCGGUGGACAAGGAAUGUUAAAAUGUGACUGUAAAGGCGGUUGUAAAACAAAGAUAUGCAAAUGUAAACAAGAAAAUGCUAUGCAACUCACGAUGCCAUCAUUCAGCAACAUGCGGCAAUAA